GAUUGGCUGGAUCCGGGCGGAAGUCGGGAGGUUCGAUGGUCCAAAGACGCCAGCUUGUGACGGGGAGGGGGAGAAGGAAGGCUUCCGUUAAGGGUUCCUUUCGGUCCAUUCGUUCCUGGGGAUCCUCGGAAAAAGCCUACCAUACCGACCCCACGGCUAGCCCCUCCCCCAGGCUCUCUCCGCUCGAUUUCGCACCGUUAUGUGGGAAGCGAAUCCGUGACUGGCACAGGAAUGCAUUAAGAUUUCUCCGCUCACCUGCUCCUCUUUCCUUCAGGAUGGCACUUAUGUCUGUACUAUUGGACCAUUUAUACUCUGUGAAAUGGCCAAGCGGGGUGAGCAGUGCUGGAAGAAGAAAGCAGAAGUGUGGACUAGCUAACAGGACAGUGCUUUACAUUUUAAGUCAUCGUUUUUAUUAUCUGGUCAAGACACACAAGAAGAUGUUUCACAAGACAGAGGAGUUCUUUCCCAAGAAGACCGACAGUGAUGUGGAUGACAUGGACACAUCGGACACACAGUGGGGCUGGUUCUACCUGGCGGAAUGUGGAAAGUGGCACAUGUUUCAGCCGGAUACCAACAUUCAAUGUUCAGUUAGCAGUGAAGAUAUCGAAAAAAGCUUCAAAACAAACCCUUGUGGCUCCAUUUCCUUUACUACUUCCAAAUUCAGCUACAAGAUAGACUUUGCAGAAAUGAAGCAGAUGAAUCUCGUCACUGGAAAACAGCGCCUAAUAAAAAGGGCUCCUUUCUCCAUCAGUGCCUUCAGUUACAUCUGUGAAAAUGAGGCCAUCCCCAUGCCAACACACUGGGAGAACGUGAACCCUGAUGUUCCCUACCAGCUGGUUUCCCUGCAGAACCAAACGCACGAGUAUAAUGAAGUGGCCAGUCUUUUUGGGAAAACUAUGGAUCGGAACCGAAUUAAAAGAAUUCAAAGGAUCCAAAAUUUAGACUUAUGGGAGUUCUUUUGCAGGAAAAAGGCUCAGCUCAAGAAAAAGAGAGGUGUCCCUCAGAUCAAUGAGCAAAUGCUGUUUCAUGGCACCAGCAGUGAAUUUGUGGAAGCAAUUUGCAUUCACAACUUUGACUGGAGAAUCAAUGGUGUGCACGGUGCUGUCUUUGGAAAAGGAACCUAUUUCGCUAGAGAUGCUGCGUACUCCAGUCGUUUCUGCAAAGAUGACAUCAAGCACGGGAACACAUUCCAGAUUCACGGGGUCAGCUUGCAGCAGCGACAUCUGUUCAGAACCUAUAAAUCCAUGUUUCUUGCUCGAGUGCUAAUUGGUGAUUACAUAAACGGAGACUCGAAAUACAUGAGACCUCCUUCCAAAGACGGGAGCUAUGUGAAUUUGUAUGACAGCUGUGUGGAUGACACCUGGAACCCAAAGAUCUUUGUGGUUUUUGAUGCCAACCAGAUCUACCCUGAGUACCUGAUAGACUUCCACUGACCCUGCCUCCCAGGCUCAGUGGUCAAAGCUCUGCUCUCUCAUUGCAGGAGGAUUUGGUCCCCUGUCGUCUAGCCGCUAAUAUAAAUACUGGAUUCUUUUGAAAAAACAGAUACAGAAAAGAAUAUGGCCUCAGUAUAUAAAGAAGUCCUGGCUGUCAGGUUGGUUAUAUGUUGUUCUGUUUCUGUCUGUUCCGGUUCUGUUAAAGACCAAUGCUGUUGCCAUCUUAACAUUCAGAAGAGAGAGGUACUUCUCAAAACAGAAUAGGCUGAGUCUCAUUACCAUGGCCAGGCAGUCUUCAAAGUCCACAUGCAUGUGACUGGGUCAAAUGAUUUUAGUUUUUGUACCCUAUUAGGAGAACUGGCCCUUUAUAAAUUGAAUUUUGGCAUUAUUUUCUAUCAGUGAUGUGACUUUGUUGGUCUUGUGAGGGGGACAUUAAAAAUCCCGAAACAGUUCCUGGUGCUCAGUGAAGUAAGAAACAAGGACAUUGUCUAUGAGCUAGUAGGCAAGCCAGCGGAAGAGAAACCAGGGCAGAGCCUGCUUCCCACUGCUGUAGGAAGGUGGUCUGGAGCCCCAGAGCAGCGCACACUCUUCUCACCCACCUCCCACAGCUGAGCAUUGCUGCUGAGGGUCACUAGCUCACAGUUCAGCCUCCAGCAGUCUGCGGUCCCUGCCCCAAGUUAUUUAUUCUCUUUAUUUUCCAUGCCCUGCAGUGUUCACUUCUCAGAGACUUUGUCGGUCCUCACACAACCCCUGACACACAUAGCCAUUCCAUGGUGAUUCCUAAGACCCACACAUGUUAGGAGUUUGGUGAGAACAUGAGAUGCUAGGAAGAAGUCUGAUUUUUUUCUUUAGAGUCGUGAUUGACAGCUUCCAACCCCUGAGCAGCUGUGUACAACUUGGAGUUGUGCUCAUGGUUUGUGUACCUGUCUGUUUGCCUGCUGUUCUGUCCUGCAGAUGAAGUGAUCUGUACCAGCUAACUGCCCGUUGGUGUUCUAGCAGAGACCAGACAGCACUCAGGCACGAUGCUGUCUUGGCGUUCAAGUAUCAGACAGGGAGCUGCCUGUUUGUCUCCCCAGUGCUGCUUUUCCCAUGAUUCCUUGAGGGAAGGUCAUUCCUCCAGCCAUUCACCCAGAACCUUUUCCUAACUCUUAAUACUGAAUCUUGUCCAGCUUUGGGUGCAAGGAAGUAUGCACAGCUUACUUCUAGCUUAGCUUAGUUUCUGUGCCCGUGCCUGUCUUGUUCUCUUUGGUCACUCAAAUCGGGAAGCACCUAGAAAUAAUGUGUGUGUGGAACAGGAUUAGGGAUAGCGGUGUUUGUAAGGAUAGCAAUUCUUUCAGCUUUGUAAAUUGUCAGAUUUUCCUUAUAUCCCAGAAUGUGUAAAAUUGUGCAGUGGGAAGUCAUGAAUGGCACUCAGGAAAGCGUAUGCACGGUGCUUUGGCAACACUGCGGCAGUAAUGAUUUCCUGGCUCAAAUGUGUAGGACCACUAUUGGUUUAAGAGUAGAAAGGACACAUUUCAAAAGUGCCUGAAGGCAAAGCGGCUAGGCUGCCUGGCCGCUCACAAGAAUCAGUGUUAGAGGCAUUAGGAGUUUGAACCGAACAAUCUCUCUUCUAGUUCUUUUCUUCUAUUUUUGUUUGGUUUUGUGUGUGUUUGUUUGUUUGUUUGUUUGUUUGUGUCUGUUUUUCAAGACAGAGUUUCUCUGUGUAGCCCUGGCUGUCUUGGAACUCAUUCUGUAGACCAGGCUGGCAUGCAAUGUGUUAAAGUCCCUCUUACAUGUCUGUCUCCCUCUGCCCAGACUCAUGCACACUUCUCUUAAUACUUGAAUGGAAUGACUGUUGUAGUUGGACUUGUGUAUCCAUGUUAAGGUGACUGAGGACGAAGGCAGUUUGUGCAAUCACUGUGCAAUCUUGUUGGCUUGCAUGAGGAAGGUGGGGGUGUCAGAGAGGCCACCGUAAGAAAGCAUUGCACGGCUACUGUUGGAACGCACUGCCAGCCCCCCUUCAUAAGGAAGAAGUGAUUUCGGUAUGUGUUUUAAAAUAUAAUAAUGUAGAAGUCACUCGUGUUAAAGUUUUACUGUUUUGUCUGUUCCAUGUAUAGAAGAGCUUCAUUCCCUCUGCUCAUCAGAUGGAGUGGGAGGGAGAGGAGAGGGAGCCGGUACAGAGUGGCGAGAGCUGAGCCACAAGCUGGCCGAAUAAACUCCAUUGAGUGCAAACUUGUCUUUUCUCUGUGGGGAGUCUAGCCUCGGGGUAAAAAUAAAUGUGUUUAUGGGAAAA